AUGAUCUGCAAGGCAGAUGGAGAUAUUGAGACGACAGAUUCACCGGCAUUGAGCACAUCAGUUGGAGAAAAGGAAUCACUAGCAUGUAUUGUGUGUGGAGAUGUAGCAACAGGACGACACUACGGGGCGAUAGCUUGUAAUGGUUGUAAAGACAACCGUGCAGUUUGCCGUUCUUGCCGAUAUACACGAUGUAUUCGUGCUGGAAUGAGAGUUGAACAAGUCCAGAAUGAACGUGACGUUAUCGGGAAACGUGUCCGACCGUCCAGCUCGAGUAUGACAGCGAAAUCACCGCAUGCAAGGAGACAUCAGAGUGCUGAUGAGGGAUCGUCCAUGCGCUCAACGCCAGAGAUCACUGGUUCUCCAGAGGAUGCAUGGGAUUGCCCGGACACGUUGAUUGACGCGUUAUUGCGAUCUGAAAAAACAAUCAGCAAUCUUCGCGAUUCCGUCAUUAAGCAAACUGGAAAUGCCGAGUAUACUGUAGAGCCGGAAGAACCUCAGUCAUCUUCUUUUGGCACGCGAACGGCAACGGUAAAUGAUAUCCUGAAAUCAUUACACAGUCAACUUCUACUGGUUAAGGAAUGGGCAAAAACUCUAGCACCGUUUCUCUCACUUUCUGCAGCAGAUCAGACUGCUUUAUUGAAGAACUUUGCUCCGCAACAUGUAGUGCUUUCUGUUUCGUAUCGUUCAAAGGAAGGUUCGGAUUUUUUGAGACUCAUCAACAAUAGCCUCAUUCCUCGUCCGUCUAAAAAUGAACAACCGAGACGAUUACGUUGUCAUUACUUUGUAAUUUAUUACAGUGGAUUUUAUUUACGGGAUUGUGAACGGGUAAUGGAUCAGAUGGUCGCGCCGAUGAGAUUCCUCGCCAUUGAUGAUGCAGAAUUUGUAACGCUCAAGGCUUGUGUGCUGUUUAAUCCUGUGGCAAAAGGCCUAUCUCCCCUGGCGGUGACGACGGUGCUUAACACGAGGAGGCGUAUAUUCACGGCUUUGGAAUACUACUUGCGAACUCAUAAACACGACGAAAAAACACGACUAGGUGAUCUGACACUGUUCUUGCUAUCGCCGUUGUCGUCGCUAGCAAACUCGUUUUGCGAGGACAUACUGCUGUCGAAACUGAGUGGUCUUGCUCACGUAGAUGUGCUAAUAGAGGAACUCAUGCUUGCCGGUAUCGAGGAGCAAAGCAAAUCUACUGCAGGAAAAGGUCUGUAG